AUGUCGGCGACCUCUUCCACUUCCCUUAUUCCGAUUACCUCACCUUAUUGUCUCCACUCCUCCGAUCAACCUAGAUCGGCUUUGGUUCAACCUCUCCCUGAUGGAGAUAAUUACCCUACAUGGCAUCGUUCGAUGCUCAUGGCUCUUGAAGUGAAACAUAAGCUCUCCUUCAUCGAUGGCACAUUGGCAAAGCCUGAUGCUACCUCUCCUGAUUUGCCUCACUGGAUUCGGUGUAACAGCAUGGUUCGAUCUUGGAUCGUCCACUCUACGAUCCCCGCUAUUGCCCACAGCAUAUUAUGGAUUGAUUCGGCGAUGGAUGCUUGGCAUGAUCUUCGCGAGCGUUUCUCCCCAAAGAACGCUCCACGUAUCUUUGAGAUUCGACGUGCUCUAUCGACUCACGUGCAAGGAACCGAUUCCAUAUCGACUUAUUACACUACAAUCAAAGGUUACCAUGGUGAACUUCUUUCCUACCGUGCACGUACUGCCUCCUUGCUCGUGUGGUGCCCUCAAACCUAUUCAUGA